AUGAGAAACCAGACUGUCCACCAAAAUCAGCGACAAUACCUGCCCGUACUUCGGGAAAGUUUACAGCAAUUGCAGCCAAACAUUAGCAACACGUGCGCCAAAAGUUUGCGGCAACUAUUGACGGUCACAUCGACGGCGGCCGAUAUCGCCGAUGAAUGGGUGCUAUCGAUGCUCGACUCUAGUGGCCGAUUGCCCACUGGCCUAAUGAGCGGUACGAUUACAUCGUAUGGCGAUUACGAUCAAUGUCUGGACACUGUCGGCCAUAUGGAUGCCGAUACCGAUGAUGUUACAAGUAUUUACGGACAGUACUGUUUUCUAGAUAUUAGGCCACCGUUGCCGCCCGUAGGCCAGUCCCUGAAUAUGACGGCCACCCGGUAUGCCAAUACAUGGCUGGCCGACCGUUUCGGACCGUUUGCCCGUAUGUACGGCCGGCUGGCCAUCGGAUUGUGUAUACCGUCGGUAUGUAACGAACGUGAAGUAACCGGUGUUUUGAGGAACGCAUUCAAGGAACUGAAGUUAUCCAUUACCGUAGAGCACUGUCAAACAAAAUCAAGUCGACUGUCCAAUCAGGCCCUAGACUGGGCACAAAUUAUGGCUAUUACAUGUAUUACACUAUUGAUAAUAGCCGUUAUCAUUGGCACCGUAUUUGAUAACAUGUGUUGUUGUAGUAGUAGUGGUGGACAGUUAGCCAGUACUACAGGUGCUGCUAGCAAUGAUAGUAAUGAUAAUAAUAAUCAAAAUGAUCAAGGUGCUCAAUUAAUAAUAAUUAAUAAUAAAUGGCUUGAACUGUUCAAAUGUUUUUCAUUUACGGCAAACACUAGCAAAUUGUUUACUAUUGCCGAUACCGACACCAAAAACAGUAAUAAUAAUAAUAAUAAUAGUGAACUACAGUUCCUUCACGGGCUACGAGUGCUAUCCAUACUAUGGGUAAUACUGUGUCAUACAACCAAUUUUGCACCCCUGGGUCUAUACGAUCAGCCAAUGAUUGCCGCUCGUUUUCGUAUCGAUGGCGUCCAAGUUAUCAAACAUUUGUGGACCCAAUUGAUUAUCAGUGGAUCGCUAUCUGUGCAAACAUUUUUUAUAAUCAGUGGUCUCAUAUCGUUACAUACAUCAUUAAAAUAUACAAAAAAUACAAAUUCACCAAGCACCAAUAAUAAUAAUAAUAAAAUUCAGAAAAAUUUUACCUAUAUAAAUUAUAUAUUAUUGAGAUGGCUCAGAUUUGCGCCGCCAUUGUUCGGUAUGUUUUGCUAUCAAUUUCUAUGGCCACUACUGGGUUCGGGACCCGUAUUUCAUUACGAUUUUUUACGGUACGGUCACGACCCGUGCUAUAACAAUUGGUUACCCAGUUUCCUAUUUAUAUCCAAUUGGUGGCCACUGGUUGAUCAGUGUGCAUCGCAAACCUGGUAUCUGAGCGCCGAUUUUCAAAUCAAUUUGUUGGCCUAUUUUGUAAUCGUAUACUAUUUGAAAAACUACCUGGGUGCAUUGAAAUUAAAUCUAUGGCUAGUCAUACUGGGCAUUGUAUUGCCCACACUAAUCAACUAUAUCUAUCAGAUACCAUUGGUCCAUAUACUUGACCCUGAUCCUGAAAAAUUGAGCCUGUCAUUCAAUAUGAUUGAAUUCAAUACCUAUAAUCAUUUAAUGGCCUAUUUUACUGGUACACUAAUUGCUGGUAUUAUUAACUAUGGUGGCCAACUACACCAACAAAAACAAAUUGAAUUACCAAAACUAACCAAAACUAUACUAUGGACAGUUAGCCUCAUAUGUUUGCUGGUCAUACCGUUUUCCACCUAUCCGUUCAUCCAAAUGGAUGACAUACCUGCGUCAACCUUAACCCUAUUGUAUACAACUAUCAAACGUACCGUAUGGGUGGCCAGUAUUGCAUGGUUGGCCCUGGCCAGUGCUAUAUAUGACAAAAAACAUAUAAUGGUACGUAUAUUGUCGGCAAAAAUAUUUCAACCAUUUUCUAGGCUAACAUUUAGCAUAUAUUUAACUCAAUCGUUGGUUGUCUGGUAUCAUGGCUACCAGUCCCGGCACUUGUACCCAAUUGAUCACUAUAAUGCUUUAUUUCGUGUGGGAGGGGUAGCCAUGUUUUCAUUGAUAUUUGGUUUUAUAUUGCAUAUACUGUUUGAGGCACCAUCAGUUAAUCUAUGCAAACUGGUAUUCAAUAGGAAACCUCCAGCAAAACAUACCGGUGCUGAUCACAAAUCAAGGCUAUUAGACGAUUCAAACAAUAAUAAUAAUACAAAUAAUAAUAAUAAUGAAUCUCUCAAUGAAAGUAAACCACAUAAUCAAUAG